AUGAAAGAAAUAAAUGUAGUUGAACUAAAGGUGUCUUUAGAAAACUACUCGAGCAAUAUGAUUAGGGUUGAUUGGUGUACGUUGCCCUCUGAUCUUCUCAUUGCAAUUGCACUCAAAUUAGAUUCCAUUAAUGACAUAAUAUAUUUCUCGGCGGUAUGUCGUUCAUGGAAUGAUGUGUUCACCAUGGUUAAAAAAGAGCUGAAUAAUUCCGCCACACCUUGGCUACUGCUAGCCGAUCCCAACCCGAAGAACGCGGUUUGUUCGGGUCGUAGUGAAAUCUUUGAAAUCAACAGCAUUAAGGGUUUAGAAUUGAAUAUCCCACAAGCCUAUAUGAGGCAGUAUUUUGGCUCCGCGUAUGGAUGGAUUGUAAUGAUGGGUUUAGGUUCGGACGAGUACGACAGACAAGUUUGGUUAUUUAACCCCAUCACUAAAGCUCAACUAACACUACCAUCCCUUGCAUCUUUGCCAGUGUUACGGAAUUCUUCUAUGAGUUUACGGUGUAAUGAUGAGUACCCCUUAAUGUCUAAGAAUGAUUCAUUAGCGGUAUCUCGCCCUGGAGAUAGAACUUGGAGAUGGACAAAGUGCAUGGUUAACUUUAGCCCUUCUUCACCUGUUUAUGCUAAUAAGCCUUAUUGUUCCAUUGUUAACCCUGAUUUUAUCAAUGUAACGUUGGGUUCUUGUGAACAAUCCUAUAUGGUCGAGUUAGCUGGUGAUUUAUUACUAGUAAUACGAUACAGAGCAAAGGAUGAAGCUGUUAAGAAACACUAUUAUACGUGCGAUUUUAAGGUGUAUAAACUUGAUCGUAGUGGCGACCAAAAGUGUUGGACUAUUGUUGAAGAUUUGGGUGAUUAUAUGGUCUUUAUUGGUAAUAACUCUUCUAUGAGUGUUCAUAAAUCAAAGUCCCCUAAUUAUCAACAUAAUGCUAUUUACUUUACCGAUGAUAUUAAGGGUUUCUGGAGUGAGCCAAAACCACGCCUUCAAGACAUAGGUAUGUUUGAUACGGGAUCUAGAGAAUUCAUACGGUUUAGUAAAGGCAACGAUAAGAUUUUUACGACUUUUAAACCUCUAUGGUUUAUGCCCAAGUUUUAG